AUGACGGAAGUUAAGCGCGCCUGCGCCUGUCUUCUUUUUGGGGGCACUGCAAAAAUCAUCAACGAUACUACGCGCAUCAGAGGCGACAUAAAUGUCCUUCUGUUGGGAGACCCUUCUGUCGCGAAGAGCCAAGUGCUGAAGUUCGUGGCUAAGCUCGCCCCGAUAUCUGUGUACACCUCAGGAAAGGGCAGCAGCGCAGCGGGUUUGACGGCCGCAGUGAUGAGGGACCGCCAAGGAGUUUUCAGCUUGGAGGGAGGCUGCAUGUGCCUCGCUGACGGUGGCGUUGUGUGCGUGGACGAGUUCGAUAAGAUGCAAGAACGGGAUGUGGUGGCGAUGCACGAGGCGAUGGAGCAGCAAACUAUAUCCAUUUCAAAGGCAGGGAUCAACACUGUCUUGAACUCCAGGUGCGCUGUGCUUGCUGCUGCCAAUCCGUCUUUUGGGAGCUUCGAUGAUGCACAAGAUACGACGGAGCAGCACGAGUUCAAAGCGACGAUUCUUUCAAGGUUUGACUUAAUCUUCAUGCUGCGAGACAAAGAUGAUUACGAAAAAGAUUCGCGCUUGUGUGAACACAUUCUCUCUCUCCACGCGCGAAGAGCAGCGCCGCCGCCACAAGAGGACGGAGAGACGAUCCCGUUCGAGGUGCUGCGGAGGUACAUACAGUACGCACGGCAGCAACAACAACCCCUCCUCUCCCUCGACGCGAGGGACGCCCUGAAGAACUUCUAUGUACAAACCAGGCAAGACGUCAGAGAAGACAGGCGCUCUGUGACGCGGAAGAUUCCAGUCACUCUCCGUCAGCUGGAGUCGCUCGUGCGCAUUGCAGAGAGUUUCGCACGCAUGGAGUUGGCGCCUGUGGCCCAGGCCUCCCACGUGAAGCGGGCCAUUGACUUGUUCUCAGCGUCAACAGCAGAAACUGCGAAGCACGCCCUUGUGUUCGAGUCGCUCACUCCCCUGCAGCAGAAAGCCAUUAAGCUCGCAGAGGACGCGCUUAUGAGUCGCCUACAGCCGGGGCAGCGUGCCCUUCGCCGCAACAUCGUUCGCGACCUCCAGCAGCAGGGCUACGACAAACUGGUGGUGCAGCGGGCCAUCUCAAUUCUCGUGCGGCGAGGCGACCUCCAAGAAAGAGGAGAUCGCUCCAUCAGGAGGCCAUGA